UAUCACGAUAAGACGGUCGGUCAUUGAUCCAAAGAUUUAGAUAAAACUAGGCACAUAACGGAUAACAAGAUAUAUCCGAUUUAAAACGCCAUUCUGAAGUAGAAUAUAUCAGCAAAAAACGAUGUUGGAGAACACUAUGCACUGUACAUUCACUUGCAGUCAAAACACGGAUUACGGUUACUGUGUUUGCUUUUCUGUCGGGAUUGUGACUUUUGGAUUGUGUACUUAGUACUGAUAACAUUGGUAGAGAUAAUGGCAAUUGUUUGUUGAUUAAAUACCUCACAGCUACGGGGGACGAGAAAAUAAACAAUCUUUUGAAUUGAGAAGAAUCUUAAUUAUACAGCAUCACGGACAGACUUGUAAAUGCCGGAGGUGAAGUUAAAACCCCCUAAAACCCCUCCCCAACCUAUAGAUGAGGGGUGGGCAUGGCUAAUCCUAGCAGCUGCAAUGAUUGCAACAUUUCUUUGGGGAGGUGUAGUUCGAGGAUUUGGGGUGCUUUUUGUGGAACUACAGACUGAAUUUCGAAUGUCUGCAUUCCUGAUAUCGCUGGUUGUGGCCCUACAUAUCGGUUUAUUUACCGUAGGAGGUUUGGUAGCCCUUACCUAUGGUGCCCGGUUCCUAACUACCAGACAGUGCUUAUUUAUGGGAACUGUGUUAGCUGUAUUUUCAUUUGUUUUCUCCAGUCUAGCGAAAGAUGGGCGGUUUCUUUUUGUGUCAUAUGGCUUAAUUCUAGGUCUUGCCUUUUCAAUAGUAAUAGGACCGUCCACACUUCUCGUAUCCCAAUACUUCCAGGAAAAGAGAAACACUGCAGCGUGGUGUAUUCAGUUGUCUUCGUGUGCAGGAGCACUUCUGUUUGCGCCGUUACAAAGAAGUUUAAUCGACAAAUAUUUUCUGAGAGGUUCCCUUCUUAUAACAGCCGGUAUUCUUGGUCAUUUACUCAUAGCAUCUGCUUUGAUGCGACCACCUGAAUUGUAUAGAAAGUGGGAAAAAUUAAAACGAAAAAUCGAGAAAAAAGCAAUGAAAGCUUCUCUUUUGGGAAGAGACGGAGUAACGAUGGAACCCUUCAGGCCGCGCUCUCCGACUUCAGAUUCUACUUUUUCCCCUUUAGCAAGGCAAGCAAUGUUUAAAAGAAUGAUAUCCAGAAGCGAUUUGGAUGACGAAAAUCCAGCUACAAGUCAAACCGAGAAAUCACCAAAGCAAAGCAGAAAAAAGGAAACAGAGCAAAUAAACAAAGAUGGUAAAGGUUCAAGUGAUAGUUUAAUGAAAAAUCAACAAACAUCAAGAUUACCAGACAAGAGUGUUUAUAGUAGUUAUGAGUUUGGAAUUUCAACACCUUUUCUUGAACAACGAUAUAAAUCAAGAAAACGGACAGAAAGUGAUAAAAGUAUCAAGAGUGACAUCAGCGAGUGUUCCAUUUACUCUGAGAGUUCCACGACACGGAAUUUUUGUGGAAGAGCAAACUUUGACAAGUGCUUCAAUAGUUCAAUAAUUAAUAGCAUGUCGUUCGUUAUUUUCACCAUAGGUUUUGCUUUGGGAAUACCAACAGUGAUAACUGUGUUAUUUCUUCCAGACAUUGGUACUUCUAACAAUUUAAAUGACCUCCAGUGUGCAAGUUUAAUAAGUAUAUAUAUGAUUGGGGAGAUACUUGGAAGAGCAGGAGGGAUGUUUCUAUCAUAUCGACACAUAGACGAUUUCUUCAUCAUAGCUACGUCAUUACUUGUAGCAGGAAUCUUACAGAAUCUUCUGCAGUAUUUCGUUGACUUCUUUCUCCUCGUUAUUUUCUCAUUAGUGAUCGGUGUUUGUGGAGGACCAAUCAAUUCACUUUACGCUAAUGUGAUUCAAAGGUCUGUGCAUCCUAAUGAAAUUUCCAGUGGAGGUUGUGUACUACACAUUGCUCAAGGUCUGUCGUGGACAUUAGUCAUCCCAAUCACAGGAAUCUUGAGAGAUUCUUCGGGAAGUUAUUCCAUGCCUUUUCAUUUUCUCGGAUCGUUAGCCAUAGCUUCAAGUUUUGUGGUCAUGAUUUCACGUAUUUGCCUGAAGAAACAUCGAAGGGAAGUCUUCCAACCAGAUCUGGAAACGGGUGAAUUGGAAAGUCACGAAAUUAUAAUAAAAUAAACAUCAUUUAAUCUGUUGAAAGCCUCGUAAGGCAAAAAAUUGAUAUGUAUGACAUUUUGAUAAUUUAUCGUAAAGAUAUGGCUAUAUAUUGGUGCAAUAAAUAUACUUUGUUUAAUAAAAAGCAUAGUUAUGAAUCGUUAUAUACAAUAAAUUUUAAUUCAUGUUAA